AUUGAUCGCUCGAGCGCAGCUUCUCGCGGCGGCCGAAGCUUCCAGGUUCCCGGCUACUCGCUCGGGAUGAUGAAGGCUCAGGCCGGUAGCCGCCCGGCUCUGGUACGGACUUACGGAAAAUACAGGCAGCGGACUGUGAAGGCUUCCAAGUGGCUGAGCCCCGACACCGGCAGGGACCAUCUUUUCUCGUCGUCAGACUCCAUCGAUAACAGCAGCCAUUGCAGCAGCGGCAGCAGGAACCCGUCCUUCAAAACUAAAAAAAGGCAACAGAAAGCAUCACUGAAUGUUUCAAAUGCGAAGUUGGCAGCAAAGAAAAAGAUUGGAAAACAACCUAAAAGCAAAAGUGUCGAGAGAAAACGCCCUUAUGCAUUCAGAAGCCGAGGAAUUUCACAUGAUAAAAACCAAAGCUCUUCUUCCACAGAAGAUGAAAGUCAGGAAAACCGCAUGUUUAUGCAAGACAAAGAAAAUCGUUUUGUUCCUGUAACUAGGCGGAAACUGCGGAAUUGCAAGACUGUGUCAAAUCAAGAUGUAAAUACCCAGCUUCAAGUGAGGAAAAAGGAAUUACUCGGAUCCCUAAUUGAAUCUUCAGAAUCGUCGAUUUCUUUUAAUAAACCAAAGAAGGCAGGCAGAAGUUCUUGCAAAGCUAAGAAGUUUUGUUGUAAUUCCAGAGUGGUAAAAAAACUGGAUAGAUCCCCACUGCAGACUAGCACACCUUCUUGUACAAGGAAAUCUAAAAUCAAGGAACUAUCGACAUGUGUCAUUUCAUUCAACAGUGAAAUUGAGAAUGGCAUAUGGAAGAACAAUGUUGAACCUUACAUUGAGGGAAGUAUUGAUCACCCCAGUACAGUGGGAAUUUGUUGCACCCAGAGUAGCAACACUUCGUGCAAGAGAUGUUCCUCUACAGAACACACAAAUCAUUCAAAGAAAUUAGAUGGAAUUUGUAGUCUUGAAGUUGGUUGUAAACCUGUAGCCUCUACGUCUUUGGAAGAAAAUCUUGAGCAUAUGGAUUCAGUAACAUCACAUUUAUUUCAAACCCAGAAAGAUGAUUUCAGUCAUACCUUACACAGUACCUUCAAUAAUAGUGCAGAGUUGUUUUCUCAUAUUAUUGAAGAAUCAGCUGGGUCUCCUCUGACUGGUUUAAUUAAUGGAGUGGAUGAUACGACAGCAUUUGUCAAAAAUUCUUCAGUGAAGUCAGAGUUGCUUAAGUGUACAUCAAAUCAUGACUUGUUAACUAAACAGGAACAUACUGCAAAGAGUAACAUUGUUUCGAAUUUGGGCUUUCAGCCUGUGGUACAAUUAGAUCACUCUUCCGUUUUUAGGUAUCUCCACAAAAGAAGGUCAGUGUCCUCUGUUGAAGAUGACUCUUCCAAGGUGAGUUCAUCAAAAAAUCAGCAAGUUACUAAUCAUUUACAUGAAAAAUUAACAUCUCAGAAAAGUGGCAGGACAUUUUUGAAUUGGAUGGCUCUUCAGCCUGAUGUGGUGCUUAGUCCUCUUAAACUAAAGUGGCAAUUACCAACGAAGAAAUGUGUGAAAAAUCCAGUAAAAAGAAGUCUAUCUGAUGGCUCUUUUAACAACGAAUGUGAAGACAAUUUUCAUCUGCUAGGAAAAAAGCACAGACAAACAGAUUGCAUGAUUUUAAAAUCAUCAAUGUCAUCAAUGUACUCAAAUUCCCAAGAAUGGAAGUCUGGUAAAGAGUGUACAGUUGAUGUAGACUACUUCGAAAACCAACAAAAUAGAAAAACUAUUUUAAUGAAAAAUGGCUACUCCUUAAAAACAAAAUGCCUUUCUGGACGAAGGAACCGAAUCAGUGACAAUGCUCCUAGUAUGUUUGACAAACAGAGCAGCCUCUCUGGUUCAGCAUUUCAAAAAAAUAUGGAUCUUGCUUCAAUCGCUGUAAAAAGUGUGAAAAAAUCCACAGUGGAUUUAUACGGGCAUCCAAAAUCUCAAACAACUAAGAUAAAAAAUUUGAAGUCAACGCUUAUGAGUUCUUCAUCAGUUUCUACUCCCUUAGGCUCACGUAAUUGGUCAAGGUUCAAAGCAACUCAUUCGCUUCACAAAAGAAAGAAAGUUAUUGUUACACCUUUGAGAUCUGGUUGUACCAUGUCAUUUCAAAGCUCUCCAGAAUCAUCUUGUCUUUCGGGAACAGAAAAUUGUAAUAAUCAAAGUUUGAAUAAGUUGAUUUCAAUGGCAAAUUUUUCUGCAACUCCACUUAGCAAUGGAAUGAAAGGAUCCAGAAGUCGCCUUAUGGAAAAAUGGUCAAUUCUGCAGCCAGUGUUUCUUACAGAUGAAGAGAAGGUGUAUUGUGAAUGUCAGCAAAAUGGUCCGGUUUCUUUUAAAGAAUGCAUACCAUACACCAUGCUAGAGAAGUGUGAGAAAAUAGGAGAAGGAAUCUUUGGGGAAGUGUUUCAGAUGAUAAAUGAUGAUGGAAAAUGCGUGGUUUUCAAGAUAAUCCCGAUUGAAGGGGAGAAACCUGUGAAUGGUGAACCUCAAAAGAAAUUUGAAGAAGUCCUUCCUGAAAUAAUAAUUUCAAAACAAUUAAGUCAGCUGAGUGAAGAAAGUGAAAACUGCACAACUGGAUUUAUUUCCUUGUAUUCUGUGCAUUGUAUAAAAGACUGUUAUCCUCUGGAGUUACUUAAAGCUUGGGACAAGUAUAAUCAAACCAAGUCUUCAGAAAACGACCGUCCAGAUGCAUCAUUCAAAGAACAACUUUACAUCAUUUUUGAAUUUGAAAAUGGUGGGAAUGAUCUCGAAAGUAUGCAUACAAAGAUAUCUUCUCUUGAAUCAGCAAGAAGUAUACUGCAACAAGUAACUGCAUCCUUGGCUGUUGCUGAAAAAGCUUUAAACUUUGAACACAGAGAUUUGCACUGGGGAAAUGUUCUUAUCAAGAAAACUGCCAUCAAACAAAUUGAAUACAAAUUGUGUGGGAAGACAUUCAACAUUGACACUCAUGGAUUUGUGGCUAAUAUUAUUGAUUAUACACUGUCAAGAAUGGGAACAGAUGAUAUUGUGCACUUUUGUGAUCUUUCCUCUGAGGAUAGUUUCUUUUGCGGACAAGGAGAUUACCAAUUUGAUAUAUACAGAAAAAUGAAGAAGGAAAAUCUUAACAACUGGGCAGAAUAUAAUCCACACACAAAUGUUUUAUGGUUGCAUUACUUGGCUGACAAAAUGUUAAGCAUGCAAUACAAGAAAAGAAACACCAAAGCACACAGGAUACUUAAAGAAACUUUUAAGGAGUUCAUGCAAGAAUGUCUAGAGUAUCAGUGUGCUGCAGAUGUAUUAACAUCAGCUCAAUUGUUUCAAAAAAGCUAAAAUAUUUUGUCUGCAUCUCAGACUUGUAAAUAAAUUU